UGGUUGACAGCGGUAGACCGGAUAUGACGUGUCAGCAUGUGUGUAUAAAGCAUGCCCCGUGACAGCAAUUACUGUUUGUGUGUUUAGAAGUUGUCAAUGGUGGAUAUCUCUUUGCGAAACAGUAGCGUCUCCUUCCCAACAUUGAUUGGUGGUCCUGCAGCGGGCGUUUCCUGAAAGCUAGGCCAUGUGUACAGCCCGUUCCUAAAGCGGCGCCGUAAUAUCCAUGUUUCACGUGUAGAUUCGUUAUCACUUACAACCAUGGGACUUCACCACUCGAAGAAGAGCAGGAACAAACGGGCGAGUUCUGCUGAAGGGAAAGGAAAAGGGAAGGGGAAGAAGUAUCUCCCCACAAAUGGACACACGUGUAAUGGACAUAUUGUUGCGCCUGCCAGAGACCCACUGGAGCAUGCACCAAAAAUUACAGAACCACAGAAAGCCAUGGUGUUGGAAUCGUGGCAGAUUAUUCAAGAGGAUAUCAGUAAAGUUGGGGUCGUCAUGUUUAUGAAACUGUUCGAGACGCAUCCGGAUGUACAGGACGUGUUCUAUCCGUUCAAGGGACAGAGCUCAGAUGACCUGAAGUACAGCUCUCAGCUCAAGUCCCACGCUCUUCGCGUCAUGGGGACGGUGGAGAAAUGCCUCGCCAGGAUCAACGACCCAAAGAAGCUGGUGGAGCUCCUCCACGAUCUCGGUGCCCGACACGUCAUGUACAAUGCCAGAGUGGAUUAUAUUGACUUGAUCGGCCCUCAGUUUAUUUGGGCCAUUCAGCCAGUGGUUGGAGACAAGUGGACCCCGGAACUAGAACAGGCAUGGUCGGAUGUCUUCAAGUUCAUCAGCCAUAUCAUGAAGGAAGCAAUGACAUUCUAGACACACAACGAGAUGGGGGACACAGCAGGGUAAAGACACAGGACCCUCGAACAAUUGAUGCAGGCACAUACGAUCACAGUGAAAUUGGUGACAGUUUGACCAAAGACUACAUCAUCAAAGAUAUUCAUGUUGAAUUAAACAUAAACAGUGCUGACUAGAACAUAUCUUUGUGGUUAAACUUUUCUAUACCGGUAUGUAAGACAUAAUGGUAUGUCGACCAAUUUGGGCAUUGCUGACCGAACCCAAUCAGUCCUCCCACAUGCAAUAUUUACAGAUGGCUACAUACGAUAUAAAGAUUGCUUGUGGGAUUAGCUUUCAGAGACGGUGUCUCCGACAAUCAACCGAGAUGAUAAUCUGGUGAACAGGAAUGCAGAGACCAGGCAGAACUUGCCGUUGGACAUUUGGCAAUGACAGAAUGCCAUUGGUGCCUGUUGGUUUAUUGGGAGACUUCAAAGGCACGGUCUUUUGAAUGAAGCCUCUUAACGCCAACGAUUAUGUAUUAGGAUGAGAAGAUCUCUCUGUCCUUUGAUAGGGAAAUUGUUCCCGUAAAGACCGCUCCGUCUCUACUUAACUGUCCAUACACGGCCCGAGGAUGAUAACGGGAAAGACAAGACGACAUUAUUAGUGAAGCGAUGAUUCUCCAAUAAAGGUUCUCUAUUUGUCACUGAUGAUCGGAAUAGGACAGACUGGACUGGGGUCGCUCUGCAGUAAGGAGAUGGAGUUAGCCUAUGUUUAGCAUAUAAGUUUUUGUCUUUUACUUUGUUGGUGGUUUCUAGGACUACUUUUGGCUUCAUGUGACAGCGUAGCUGCAUUACAGGCCAGGAGUGGCUUCUCGCCAUUACAGCACACAAUCUAUGAAUACAUGCACUACACCCAAAUCACUAGCGUUGUCGUGGCAUCACAAGACAAUGGAUGGGCUAUCACUGCCUUGGCAUGGCUACUUAACAGUAAAUCUAUAAUUUCUUUCAUCUUCCAGGAAACCAUUUAGCUUCACACUUUUAUCACUGAAUGGUUUGUCUCUUCUUGGCUCAUUUUGCAAAACUGUUUAUACUAUAGACAGGGUAAUUGCCUCAUUCAGAAACACAACGGUUUAACUGUUGAUUUGAAAAUGUUGAUUUUUCAGUUGUUUUAGAGUUGUUUACUUUAUCAAAGCACAUAAACGGAAAACAGUUUAAUAUAUGUUUCUUGCAUCCAGCGUCCAAAUAUCAGGGAAUCGGUCAAGUUAUAUUGUUAAUAAUAUUAAAAGUCUUGCUGUUGCAUAUGACAUAGUCAAAUAUAUGUAUUAAUUUGUUUGUAAAUUACAUGCGGUUAUUUGUUUUAUUGUGUGUUUGUAUGUUUGUAUCCGACACGUAAUCCUAUUGUGACUGUCGGUGUGACAUUGUUAGUAUAGCAAUAAAAUCAAGGCAAUCUCUUCAUACACUUUUUGUGCUGUAAACCUGUGUUAAUCCUCAUUUUCCUCAAUUAUAACACAUAGAAUAUUAAGUCACUUUCCUUACUUCAGACCUAAUUCCAUAAAUCACUUUGUACAGUUUACACGAAAAUAAAAACUAAAUGUCA